GGUUAGCGCGGGCACUUACAAUAUGGCGGAAAAAAAAGUAAUGUUCCUUCGGUCGAAGAAAAGUGUAUGCUGAAAACAUCAGUUGUCUUCAGGCUUCUGUUAGAUGAAGUACAUCAUUACCAAACAAAUUGAUACGCAAGAAAUAAAGCAGUAAAGUGCAUGAUAUUUGAUUGCAGCAUUUAUUAUGGAACAUAUUGUUGAACGGCUGCGCUCGCUUGAUGAUUUGGAACUGAGAACAGAACUGUCUAAACAUGGUGAGAAAACGGGACCUAUUACACCCACUACUCGCCGAGUUAUAGAAAAACGACUCGCGAAAAGGAUAUUUGCUAUGGAGCAUCCGGGAUACGAUGUGGACGAGGACUGCGCAACAGCAAAACGGGAAUCGCCGACUAAUACGAGUGACAUAAAAUUGGAUGCUUUCGAGCUACAGUCCACUGAAUCUUGCCAAGGAGGGUCGCCGGGUGACCAGCGCCAGAUAUCUGCUGGAAAUCAAACGCAACCUGCGUGCUUUUACGUUGUAAGCAGUGUUCCGAGUAAUGAGAAGGAAACAGGUGAAGGUGUGAAAGAUCAGAUGUUCAAAGAGAAAACUGAAGCGUUAGCAUUUAUGAAAAAGAAUAUUGGGUCAAGGCUCAAUAUAUUCCACACUGAAUCAGCCGCAAUACAGUUUUGCUCCAGGACUUUACAAGAAGACUGGGAUUCCACAAAGUUCAAGUCAGAUGAGGUCAAAACGUCAAGCCAGACACUUGAUGUAGAGAAAAGUCUAUUCAAGGGCCCAAAAAUACAGGAGCUUGUGCAGUUCCGAAAACUUAUUGAGAAAGGAGACAUUGAAAACACCAGAGCAACUGUGUGGAGCAAUCCUCGAUAUCUGAUCAGUGGAGCAGAUACACCUGUCAUUCUCCAUGAGGGUAUGCGAUACAAUGCAUUACACAUAGCAGCAAAAGCUAACCAAGCAGAAGUGGCAAACAUUGUUCUGGAUACAAUUCAUAAUGAAGAGUUCACCAAACUGUUAUACAGCAAUUCGCAUGACACAGAUGAAUCCCGCCAGAGGCGCAUCUCUUUUCUUGUCGACUUGUACCUCAAUUCUCCUGACAAAGGUGCUGGAGAGUCACCUCUACAUAUUGCAUGCAAGAUGGGUCAUUCUGCAGUUGUUCGAGCACUAGUCAUGUACUCUGCUACAGAUUGUCAAAUGCUGAACAAGUUUGGUGAAAAACCAGGAGAUAUAAUAUGCAGUCGAAGCACUACAGCUGCUUCUUCAUUGGUGAAGGAAGAAAUCAGGGAACUGCUUCAAGGUCUCUGCCUUGUGCCGCUACUGAGGUCCCAAGACAAUGUUACAACCCCAGUUGUGGGUCAGCCCUGCUCACCCAAGGACAGAGUGCCUCUUGGUCUUCAUGCAUGUCACCCAAUCUCUACCGCACCCACUGCCACGGAACCUCAUCUGUCUGUAUAUGCUUAUGCUGGUCCCAUGUCUCCCUCAAAGGCUCAAGAUUUUCAUAAGCAUUGGACCAACUCUAGAUGCCUAAGGAGGUCGCUUUGUCAGGCUGAAAUCAGCGCACGAAGAACAGAUGCAGAAAAGGGUUACGAAAGAAUUGGCAGAAAACUGGCAAGAGACCUGCAGGUCCCAUGGACAGAAUACUGGCCAUUUCUGGGUAUUUUUGCUAACUUGUCAUCACAAGAUGGUCUUCAGAAGCUUGAGCUUUACCUUAAAAAGCGAAAAGCUUUUGCCAUGCUUUUAGCUGCCAUGUCAAAUGCUUAUAAUGCAGACAGUGAUUUUAAAGCAAGUGAAACAGACUCUAGCAAUGAUUCAUCAGAACAUUUUUAUAGCUGUGAUGAAGAAGUUGAAAAUGAAAAUGUCAAGCACAGCCUCCUUGAUCAGUCAAAAGAAACUUACACCAAGAGAUCCUGUGUCCAUCAGAAGCUAGCUCAGAAGGAGUUAGAAGAAGAUGUGUACUACGAAGUGUUUGAAGACAGUCUGGGGCCAAAUGAUUUUGUGGAUAAGAACCAGGGAAAUAAAUAUGGAUUUGGUCAGAGGCUGCAAAUAAAGAGGUCUUGUCAAUGGUCUGACAAUCAGAAAGAAAAUAAGAACAGUACAAACGAAAAAUGCAUGAGAAAUUCUCCUCAAGAGUUGGAGAGAUGUGUACAAAAUGGUUCACAAGCUUGGUUUUACAGAGAUGCCUUGAGUAGCACAGAUGAGGAACAAGUUCUUUCAGAGGCAUCACAAGCAUCUGAUGAAGGGUCUUCAGAAUCUAGUUGUCUUAGCUUGGUUGGAAAUGAAAAAAAGAGUAGCCAGGACGAUGAGAGCAAAAAAUCUAGUGGGGACAGAAUGUACACACUUGAAAGAGAAAGUAAUGGCCAUGUAGAUAAAUCAUUUAAUACCAAGAUGACAGAGCUGGCACAAGGGCUGGAAUUGAAACUUGUCUUUAGCCCAGAUGGAAAAACUGUGAAUCUGAACAGGGGCAUUCUGUCUGUUGAUGUUUGUGUUUGUCUGCCUCAGAAGGUUCUGAGCAAAGUGCACCAUGGAUCUUUCAAAGGAAAGGCCCCCCUAGAUAUUUUGAUCAAGUCAUCUCAAAAUGAAAAUGGCUUUUUGGCAGAUGUUGUCAUCUAUCCUGACCCACCAAGUCAAGAAGACAGUGAUGACAGCUUUGCUUAUAUGAACACAUCUAUAGAAGAUUUUCAGAUGACACUAGAAAACAUUUACUUGGAUGUGAAGGUGAUAGUUAAGAGUGCUGCUGCAUUUAAGUAUCUGUGUUACCUGACUUGUCCAACUUACAUAACUGUUGAGGUUUUAACUGAAGACGGUACUCGUGCAGGAGAACAUCCAUUGCAUACUACAGCACGAAUUGCCAGGAAAAAGAAAGAUAAAAGGUUUCAGAGAAAGGCCUGCUACAUUUACGGGUUUCAGCCUUCUAAGGCUGACUUGGAUGUGCUGAGAGCCAUUGACUGUAAGAUUGAUGAAAAGAGGUUUCCUAGUGUUCACCUGUGGUCACACAUGGUCACCUCCAGUCAGCAGACAGUAUCCCAGAGCUGGCCUAGUCCUGCCCAGCUGAAACACAAACAGCAUCUGUCACACUUGCAACAAAGCAAAGGACGCAGCCCUCUUCCUUUAAGCCCUCAGAUAGAGAGAGGGUUAAUUACAAGUACACCACUCUCAGCAAUUCGCAUUAACAGAGACCUGUCACCUGAACAGCUGGACAGAAAAUCUUUGUCAAGAAAUUUGUUUGCUGAACUGGCAACAUGAUUCUGCAUCUCCUCCUCACCACAUGAUACCUUGGCGGGUGCUUAAUUUUGAGCAACUAGUGAGUUACAUGUGCUUGAGCAGUUGUGCUUGUGCAGGGCUUUUUAUGAACAUGCAAGACUGCUGAAUUAUUUGCUUAAAUACUGUUAUAUGCAUGCCUUGAUGGAAUGACAUGGUGCCUUUAUCGACGACUGCUUUUGUGUUUUUAAAGUUUUAUUUCUCAAAAGAUAAAUGUUUCAUGCAUACACUGAGAUUCAGAAAUCAUGCACCAACAAUUCUGGCUGUGACUACAAUUGAUUGGUAUUAAAGAAUGCUGUGUUUUAGCAUUAAGUACAA